UUACUCCACUUGGUUUCUAUAUAAAAGAGUCGCGCUCUUUUAAAAUUUUGUACGUUAAUGAUAUUAUGAGUACAUAUUUUCAUUUUGUUAACGGAUCCGUCUCUAAAUAUUCUCUCAUCUUCUCUCUCUGUUACUGCCAUGGCGGCUGUAACUCCUGCCAAAUCUGUACUACAUUCCUCGAGACCUAACCCACACCCUUCUCGCUUCUCAGCCUCCCCAUCGACUUUGAUCAAUGCAAGAACAACUCAGUUGGGGCUUAGGCCUAGAUUGCUCCACCAAGCAAAACCCACAAAAUGGGUGGAGGGUUUUGAUUAUGGUUUAGGAAGAAACAGGGGAGCAAGAACAGAGAGGCUUCAGAGGAAACCAUGUGUGGUGACGUGUACAGCAGAGGGCAUAGAGGGGGGGAUGAUGAUUGGGAGAAGAGAGAGGGUUUCUCUAGUGAGAGUGCCAGAGAGGUUCAAGGUUGUGGCUUUAGUGGCUUGUGUGAUGUGUCUUUGUAAUGCAGACAGAGUAGUCAUGUCUGUGGCCGUUGUUCCACUUGCAGCUCAAAAGGGUUGGACCAGUUCUUUCUUGGGUGUUGUUCAGUCAUCCUUUCUAUGGGGAUAUAUCUUCUCAUCAGUAAUCGGAGGAGCCUUAGUAGACAGAUAUGGAGGGAAGAGAGUGAUGGCAUGGGGUGUGGCCAUGUGGUCUUUGGCCACCCUCCUCACUCCCUGGGCUGCCAACCAUUCUACAACCAGCCUAUUGGCUGUUCGUGCCUUCUUUGGACUCGCUGAAGGUGUGGCCCUGCCUUCCAUGAGCACCCUCUUAUCAAGGUGGUUCCCGACCCAUGAAAGAGCUAGUGCAGUUGGAAUUUCUAUGGCUGGGUUUCAUCUUGGCAAUGUUACCGGCUUACUACUAACUCCAGUUAUGAUGUCAUCAAUGGGAUUUUCUGGUCCCUUUAUUCUCUUCUCCUCCCUUGGACUGCUCUGGUUGACAAUAUGGACAUAUACAGUCACAAAUGAUCCAAGAGAGAGUGAUUUCAUUAGCAAAUCAGAGCUCCGGUUGAUCCAAGCUGGAAAAUCUGAUUCUCCAGUGAGCAACGACAAGUUCCCACCUCUGCGGCUCCUACUAUCAAAACUACCAACAUGGAGUAUUAUAUUUGCCAACAUAACUAAUAAUUGGGGAUACUUUGUUCUGCUUUCUUGGAUGCCUGUUUAUUUCAAGACUGUAUUUAAUGUAAACUUGAAACAAGCAGCUUGGUUUAGUGCUGUUCCAUGGGGAACAAUGGCAAUUUCCAGCUGCAUUGCUGGCACAACAUCAGAUUCCUUAAUCAAGGCUGGCUACUCUUUAACGAUAGUCCGAAAGAUCAUGCAGUCCAUUGGUUUCAUUGGGCCUGGAGUGUCAUUGCUGUGCUUGAACUAUGCCAACACACCCACGGCUGCAGCGGUACUCCUUACAGCAGCCUUAUGUUUGAGCUCUUUCAGUCAAGCUGGCUUUCUCCUCAAUAUACAAGAUAUAGCUCCUGAGUCCGCCGGGUUUCUCCAUGGGAUUUCAAAUUCAGUAGGGACACUUGCAGCAAUAGUCAGCACAAUAGGAACAGGCUAUUUUGUACAAUGGCUGGGAUCGUUUCAGGCAUUCCUAACGGUCACCUCAGCUCUCUAUUUCAUGACAACCAUCUUUUGGAACCUUUUUGCUACUGGAGAGCGAGUCUUCUAGAAUGAAAUCGUCAAAAAAUUUUGCAACAGUAGAUUAUCAAGCGAGUCUGUUGGGAAUUGAUUAACACAUUCAUUUGGGAUUUUAAGAUUUUGGUCAAUUCUUAGGUAUUGUUCAGAGCAGGGAGGGAUUUGAUUGUGUAAAUUAUUGGUGGAUGCAAACUCCUGUUUAUGUUCUGUUCUACAUCUGUUAUUUAUCAUAGUCUUAGAUUUAGUUGUAACGACUCAUACUGAUCCAAUUUGUUCAUUCUGCAAAUUGGUCAUGCCAACUUCUAUGGGUCUUCUCUCUUUCAACCCAUCUUCAA